UCCGAAAUUAUUUUGAUACAAAUUUCACACAUCUCAAGCAGAGAAAAUACACCUUUUGUUUUAGUAACUUUUAGUUUUAAAGGUUGCACACUAAAACCCGUUCAUCACUGCACACUCAUCGGAUUGUACAUAUGAAAAUUCACUUGAAAAUUGUCAAAAAUCUUAAAUCAAAAUUUUAAACCUUCACCAUAAAUAGAUACAAGAAGAAAUGAAAAUGAUGCCCAAUCAGCAGAUGGAUUCACAAUUGUCGGAGUUGAGCGGUAGGAUAGCAAUGUUGCAGUUGACUCGAGCAGAACGCUUACAAAUCAGGCUCGCCAAUAUGAAGGAGCAAGUCUCAGCGAAGCAGCAGGAGCGCAGCGACAAGAAGAAGAAGAAGCUGGCCGCAUUGGCCAACCUGAUGGACCUGAACGAUCGGGAUCGUCUCCAAGAGGCUGAGUUGGCGAAGAAACGGGACUCUGAGCCGAAAUCCAGCGGCCCAGAGACCAUGGAAGAUGACGGCUUUUGCACCGUGAGCAGCAAGCGAAAGACCAAGAAUCGGCAUACCAUCAGAAGCACCCCGGAACGUCCCACAGAGGCGGACCCAGACAACGCCGAUGAGCCACAGACGAAACGGAUUCGUAAUGAUGAGGAAGCAGGUGGCGAUAACAUGCCGGAUGACACGUUGGUCACUCUCAGCGAAGAGCAGUACAAGGCGCUUUCGGCGGAUCUGCGACGGCGCAAGCGGCGACUGCAGGACUUCCCCGCCUUGCGGCUGAGGGAGAUGGGGCAGCGGGCAUUGCUAGAGACACCUCAAGAUGCGCGCACGCCCAUCUUUCUCAGCGACAUACAGAACCUGCUGAUGUCGGGCAUGAUUGGCCAGAAGAGUCCCUGCCGGCCGGACCGCUGGUGCUCCAUCGAGAAGUGGGUGAGUCUCUCGCACAGCGUGGUGGUCAUCCUGGAGGGUCUCUCCCUCUACCACUACCUCUCCAAUGAGAGCCAGUUCGAGGCCAGCAACAAGAUAUUCAAUACGAAACUAGAGCUUAUGCUGCCCCAGCAAGGUGAAGGCAUGAUUAUCGAUGAGAUCGCGCAGAUUCCCUUGACCAGUGUGCAGGCAAAGAUGCUAAUUGACCAGCACGGUUCCCUGGAAUCUGCAGUGGCACUCAACAAGGAUCCCACACUGUUUGUGCGUGGCAUUUUCCCCAUUGAGGGACGACAGGAGCCGGGCAUGGACCUCCCACAGCUGCAUCCAGAUGACAAAUUCCCGCGGACCAAACUGCUGCUCUCCGCCCUGCAAAUGGUCGACGAGGGCUACCCGAUACCCUUGCAGGGCGAGCUGCACAGCCGCUUCAGCUCGUACAAGUUCACAAAGAAAUCGUACAAGCCGGUGACGAACCGCAGUCCCAUGUACGGCGUGGACUGUGAAAUGUGUCGCACUGUGGCCGGGGUGAAUGAAUUGACGCGCAUAUCCAUUGUGGACGAGGAGUACAAGACUGUGUACGAGACGCUGGUGAUGCCCGACAACAGGAUCACGGACUAUCUCACCCAGUACUCGGGCAUCACCGAGGACAUCAUGAAGCAGGUGACCAAGCAGCUGAAGGAUGUGCAGAAGGAGGUGUCCGCGCUGCUGCCCGACGAUGCCAUUCUCGUGGGGCAGUCGCUCAACUCCGAUCUGAAUGCCAUGCGGAUGAUGCAUCCGUAUGUGAUCGAUACCAGCGUUUGCUUCAACAUCUCCGGCGUGCGGCGGCGGAAGAGCAAAUUGAAGCAUCUGGCCAUGACGUUCCUCAAGGAGACCAUCCAGGAGAACGAGUACGGCCACGACUCCAUCGAGGACUCCAGGGCCACGCUGAAGCUCGUCAAGAUGAAGCUCGCGAACAGCAUCGAGUUUGGCGACGAGAUUCUCACCCAACACAAGCGACUGCAGGAGAUCGCCAAUGCCUGCAGCGGAGACAGCAUCACGAACAACAUGUUUGCGUACUCCGCGAAGCGGGACAGGAGAACGGCGAUCGUGAAUGUGGGUGGCCUGCAGCCGCGCCUCAAGGAGCUCAUCGAGAAGGCCGAGCAGGUCGUACCCAAGGACAACAGCACCGCUGUGCUCGUGCACGAGGUGGCCACCACCAAAGAGGCGGUGCGCAAGGUCACCGAAAUAGCGCUGGAGAACUCGCUGACAAUUGCCAAUCUGUCGAUACCCGAGGAGGAUUUCCUGUUGGACAGGGCUGAACGCAGUGCUGCCAAAAUCGACAAGGUCAUCGAGCGUCUGUGGAAUACGGUGGCCCACAAUGGACUCUUCCUGGUGCUCAUGGGCGGCUCCACAGAGUGCAGCAAGGGUGUGGCCAAAAUUGCCAUCAAGCGAUUGAAUGGCACCGAACAGACCAGUGCCCCCAUCGGUUGUUAGCACACCAACAGCCCUGACUUUACUUUGAAUUCAAUGCGCCCCGAAAGUGCCCUACAGAGUGCCCGAAAUCGUUAGCUUGGAUUAGCUUACCCACAGACUUUUGGUGUCUCAAGCAAAAUUAAAUUAGCCGUACAACCCCAACCUCUGACCUACAAUCUAUUUCUUCUUUCUUUGCCUCCAACUAUCCUGAAAAUUACACUGCAAAAAUGUAACGAAA